AUUACUUUAUCCUAUCCAAUUGGGCCUCGCCUUUGCAUCUCGUGCCUUUUCUUUCUUCGCCCAUGUUUUCUCUUUUGUCCUUUUCUACUCCGUAGACCUGUCUAGAUCUCACCACUUUUUGACUUUCUUCCUGCUUGGCCUUUUCUCCCAGCUAUGCCCAGAAACCCCGGCACAAGCUGCCUAGACAGUACUAACAAGUGCCCUUGUAUCACUAAUCUUCCAUCCACGUCCAUUUGCUCAUCUCGAAUCGACUCUGAUGCCAGCCCAGAAACCCACAAUAAUGUCAGCUUUUUCCCGACUCCAUUCCCAAGCCCAGCAUGCCGGGCCUGCCCUCCGUCACUUCCCCGUCUAUCGGCGGUCCCAAGGCGGCAAGGUUCAUGAUCAAGCGCCCGCCAACACGUGGGAUUCUAGGGAACCCCUUCGGUGGGCCCAGGAGCGAUGUUUCCCACGGUUCGUUGCGGAUUGAUUGACGGAAUCGCGCCAGGGGUCCAUCCAUGGUCGUACUGAGAAAUGAAAAACUACGUCUGAUGCAUGGGACGACUCUCUCUGGCUUGAUCGUUGUCCUGAGGGGGUG